GCGAGCACGGCGCGCGGCUCUCCAGCGACGUCUUGGAUGAGUUGAAGACCAUCUCCAGCAGCAAGGUACGCGGUGCACUAGAAGAUAUCCUCCAGCCAUUGAUUCUGAAGGACAAACGCCUACGGUGUCCUUUGUGGAUCUGGGUUCAGUUGGGCUCCGUUCAAGCCAGCGAGGCUCUGGUGAGGAAUGCUUCCCAUGACGAGGAGAUCGACAUUGAUGUCCUGGUGGGGCUCCAACGUUGUCGCGGCCCCACGGUGGACAAGGAGCAGAUCUCCAACCUGCUGCAGGAGCACCUGGGCGCCGAGGAGUUCCAACGCCUCAGCGCGGCGGCCGCCACGCGGCGCAUGCUGCUGGAGCUCCGGGAGGCGCAUACGGAAGAACGGGAACCUGAGUUGGAUCUCAUUUUAGAAGCCUUGGCGCAAGGUGCCAAUGCCAAUGCGCAGGAAGAGGACGAGGAUGAAACAGAUGAGGAGGAUGCGGAGGAUGAAGAAGAAGAUGCAGAUGGAAGCAUGGAAGAAGAUGAGGCCCAGUCCGAGAGCGAGGACAAGGCCAAUGACGAGGUUUCCGAGGAGGACGAUCGCGAAGACGGGGAAACGGAGCCGGAAGGCGAAUGGGACGAGUGACGGCUUGCGAGGCGAAGCCUGUGAGCCCAGGGGCAGCGACCUCUUGGGGGAUCCAAAGUUCGACUUUUUGC